UCCUGCUUCGUCGGCUCGUUUCGCGGUAUGGGGCUGAGGCUCCUGUCCGCCAGUACCACCUGAGGAUCCCGGAAACCGCCCCCGCGAUGGAAGAGGACCAGGAGCUGGAGAGAAAAAUGUCUGGAUUGAAGACCUCAAUGACUGAAGGCGAGAGGAAGACAGCCCUGGAAAUGGUCCAGGCGGCUGGAACAGAUAGACACUGUGUGACAUUCGUGUUGCAUGAGGAAGACCAUACCCUAGGAAAUUCUCUGCGUUACAUGAUUAUGAAGAACCCAGAAGUGGAAUUUUGUGGUUACACUACGACCCAUCCUUCAGAGAGCAAAAUUAAUUUACGCAUUCAGACCCGGGGUGCUCUUCCAGCUGUUGAGCUAUUCCAGAGAGGCCUGAAUGAGCUCAUGAAUGUCUGCCAACAUGUGCUUGACACGUUUGAGGCCAGCGUAAAGGACUAUAAGGAUCAGAAAGCAAGCAGAAAUGAAUCCGCUUUCUAGUCCCUUAUGCCAUGUUCACGGAGGACUGUCCUUAUGGCUACUCUUCCUAACCGCGCAGAACCCAGAAUUAGUUUGUGAUGACAGCAUACUCUAUACUUCACAAAGUUCUAGCUUUUGACCAUUACUGCUGUUGGAUUCCCUGCAAGAACCUUUGUAUUCUUCUAAUAAAUUCCCUUUUUUAUUUAAAAAAAAAAA